AGUAGCUCCUGUUAAAUAAUCUCUUGCACAAACACCAAUAAACCAACGCAUCUUCUUAUGGUUUAACCGACGUAUCUUCUUAAUCCUUUGAACUAUCUUUCUUAACUUCCCAUGUUCUUCUCCACGACCAUCUCUCUCUCCAUAUAUAUAUAUAGGUCACUUUCUAUCUCUCAUUUCAUAACACUGUUCUCAGAGUGAACAAAAAAAACUGAAUACCUUAAAACCGGUUUAAGGACCGGUUCCAAUGGAUAAUCUACUGUGCGACGAGUCAUGGCUGUCGGAUCCUUCGACCCCGGAGCCUUUUCCAAACUUCCGCUUGAAUAUUCACGACGAUCACGUGGAAAUGUCUCCAGCCAUGGAUGCAGCAACGGUAGAGGAAGCCAUUUCUAUAGACUUGGAGAAAGAAUCAUGUUUCAGUAAUCACGGAGACAAGUUUAUUGAGUUUCUUGUUUCUAAGAAGUUAACCGAUGCUAGGUCUCAAACAGUUCAAUGGCUCAUUCAGACUCGGAAUCGUUUGAAUCUAUCAUUUGAAACGAUUUUUUCGGCCGCAAGUUGUUUUGAUCGGUUCGUCUAUGCGACUAUCUGCAAUGAAUGGAGUAAGUGGAUGGUGGAGUUAGUUGCAGUAACCUCAUUGUCGAUCGCAUCAAAAUUUAACGAAGUUUCUUCCCCUUCACUAGAAGAUUUUCAAAUGGAAGGGCUAAAUCAUAUGUUUCAUCAUAAGACCGUUCUUGAGAUGGAGCUCAUUGUACUGAAGGCUCUAGAAUGGCGUGUUAACUGGGUCACGAGUUUCUCUUUUUCGCAAAUACUUGUUACUACAAUCGGGAUGGGAGGAGGAGACAUAAUGAUGAAUCGUAUCACAGAUCAUUUGCUAGAUGAUUUAUGCGAUUUGAAGAUGCUUGCAUACGCACCAAGUGUAGUGGCGGUUGCGGUUGUGUUGGGUUUUUUAGAAGAGAAAGCAGCUCUAGAGGAGAAGCUUGGAAAAAUUAUGAAUCUCUUUGGAGAAGAACACAAGGUGAGUGUUGCGAAAUGUAUAAAUGUUAUGAAAUCUCGAAACGUGGAAGAGGGCUGGAGAAGAGAAGUGAAGAGUCCAGCCAGCGUGUUGCAGAGAGGAGAGGUGAUGAACAUGAACAUUGUUUAUUACGUUGAGAAUCUUUCUGCCAUUUUUCAGAUUUUACGAUCCGGAGGAUCCGAUAAGAAGAGAGAAAGAGAUAGUCACGAAGACGAGAAUCGUCCCGGAAAAAGAGGGACAAUUGUUACGUCAAAUUAAUUAUCACAUUUGUGAAUAGAAAACAUACUACAUUUUUUCUGUUAACUGUAAACUGGCAUGUACCAUUUAUUUAUGUUUGACAAUAAAAGUGAAAUAUUUUUAUAAAAUGUAAUUUAACA